GCGGGGCCGCGCCCCUCACGGCCGCUGUGCUGCCGCCUCCCCGAAAAUGGCGCCGGGGCGGUUCUGGCGCUGCUGCCUACGCGGCGCAGGCUGGGUGCCAGUGCUGUUCAUCACUUUCGUGGUGGCGUGGUCCUACUAUGCGUACGUGGUGGAGCUGUGUGUGUUUACUCUUUCUGGAAAUGGAGAAAAUGGAAAGGCCGUUGUUUACCUUGUGGCUUUUCAUCUGUUCUUUGUUAUGUUUGUAUGGUCCUAUUGGAUGACAAUUUUCACCUCUCCCGCUUCCCCCUCCAAAGAGUUCUACUUGUCCAAUUCUGAAAGGGAACAUUAUGAAAAAGAAUUCAGCCAAGAACGACAACAAGAAAUUUUGAGAAGAACAGCGAAGGACUUACCUAUCUACACCACAUCAGGCUCAAGGACCAUCAGAUAUUGUGAAAGAUGUCAGUUGAUUAAACCUGAUCGGGCGCAUCACUGCUCAGCAUGUGACAUAUGUAUUCUUAAGAUGGAUCAUCAUUGUCCUUGGGUGAAUAACUGUGUGGGAUUUUCUAAUUACAAAUUCUUCCUGCUGUUUUUAUUGUAUUCCCUAUUAUAUUGCCUGUUCGUGGCUACAACAGUUUUACAGUACUUUAUAAAAUUUUGGACGCUUUGCCACAGGAAGUCUACACAGAGUUGUCCAAAGAAUGAACUCACAGAUACACGUGCCAAAUUCCACGUACUUUUUCUUUUCUUUGUGUCUACAAUGUUCUUCAUCAGCGUCCUAUCACUUUUCAGCUAUCACUGCUGGCUAGUUGGAAAAAAUAGAACAACAAUAGAAUCAUUUAGUGCACCCACAUUUUCAUAUGGACCUGAUGGAAAUGGUUUCUCUCUUGGAUACAGUAAAAAUUGGAGACAAGUCUUUGGCGAUGAAAAGAAAUACUGGCUACUUCCAAUAUUUUCAAGUUUGGGUGAUGGUUGCAGUUUUCCAACUCGCCUUGUGGGAAUGGAUCCAGAACAAGCUUCUGUUACAAACCAAAAUGAAUAUGCCAGAAGUAUUGGCUCAAAUCAACCCUUUCCUAUCAAACCACUUAGUGAAUCAAAAAACCGAUUGCUGGACAGUGAAUCUCAAUGGACAGAGAAUGGAUCUGAAGAAGGUACUGUCAGAUCAGGUUUAUAAAAACAUGGACUGAUAUUUUCAGUAUUAUUUGCAAGAAAAUUAUCAAUGGGAUGAAAUAAUUGAAGUAUAAAAGAAGAUAUAUUUUUUCAAAAAAGGAAGCCUUUGUAUAGAUCCCUGGAUCCACAGAAGCGCUACUGCAGAGCAGGAAGAUGCCUUAAUCUUAAGUCCAGCAUUGACUUAAAGCUGCAAAAGUGACUUGAUUUUACUUUGCAAAUAACACUUAUUGUUAUGAAAUGCUAUAAUAUGUCGGAUCACAUGUUAACAUGGCAUAUGUAUUUUUUUUGAUACCUGAGUUACAUUAUCAGAGUUGUUUCUUGGUGUCUGUAUGAAUUUUCACUCCAGAAACAGAAGCUAACAAAUUCUCUUAAGUAAAGAACAUCUAGGACAGUACGGUGGCUGAAACUGAAUAAUAAUAUCCAAAUUACUGUUGCUUGUACUAUGUAGGGAAAAGGAAAUGACUGCUUUCUAAAAAUUGGGUGUUUGAUCAUUUAUAAAUACUGUUUUAUACUUUUCAACAUUUUUAAUAAAGAUUUUUUAUUGUUGGCUAUACAAUAACACUCAGAA